CUGAAACCAGCAAGCUCUGUAGUAGUGGCCCGGGGUUUAAAUUGACUUGAAUGAUCCCAGUCCCAUAGUUACCACAGCUGGCCUCUCAACUUUUAUUCAUCUCACUCCUUCUUCCUCUCCUCGUCUCUGAGCUGUGAAACUUCCAGGUCUAGUUUGGUAGCUCACGUUAAAAAAAAGGAAUCAAGGCCGCCACCCCCCCCUCCCUCCUGCUCCCCCCCCUCCCCAGGAAAGCCGUGCAUGUAUGUGGCUCACCUCUCGCUGAUUGAGCUGUUUCUCUGGAUUGAGCGCUGCCUGCCGUGGCCCUGCAGCUGCUUUCCCCUCACACAGGAGUGAGUGCCGAGGACCUGCGGACUGCCGUGGUUUAAUAGAUAGAAGUAACCAGGAGUCACCAUGUUGAGAGACGCUGCAUCCAUCUAUACAAGAUUCCAAAAGAAUUUGGACUCAUGGGUUGAUGUCCGAGUCAAGGACUACCCACUGAUGCAGGGCCCUUUAAAAAUGACAGUCCUCCUAAUAGCCUACGUCGUCUUCUCAAAGUACAUCGGCCCUCGCCUUAUGGCGAACCGUAAGCCCUUCCAUCUCAACAAGGCCAUGAUCGUCUACAACCUCAGCAUGGUUUUAUUGAACGCCUACGUGGUGUACGAGUUCCUGGUGUCUGGAUGGGGCACCACUUACACGUGGAGAUGUGACCUUGUGGACACGUCGACCAGCCCAGAGACUUUUCGGAUGAUUCGAGUGUGUUGGUUGUUUUAUUUUUCAAAAUUUAUCGAACUCCUCGACACAGUGUUCUUUGUGCUGAGGAAAAAGCAAAGCCAGAUCACAUUCCUCCACGUGUUCCAUCACUCCUUCAUGCCCUGGACGUGGUGGUGGGGCCUCACUCUGACUCCUGCUGCAGGAAUGGGCUCCCUUCAUGCCCUGGUGAAUGCAGCCGUCCACGUCGUCAUGUACUUCUACUACUUACUAUCUGCUGCUGGACCUCGCUUUCAGAAAUACCUGUGGUGGAAAAAAUACAUGACCGCCAUUCAGCUUGCCCAGUUUAUUGUGGUUUCCAUUCACAUCAGCCAGUACUACUUCAUGGAAAGGUGUGACUACCAGAUUCCAAUGUGGAUCCAUCUGAUUUGGAUGUAUGGCAUCUUCUUCUUCCUCCUCUUCUCCAACUUUUGGAUCCAGGCCUACAUAAAAGGAAAGCGGCUUCCCGUCGUGGAGCACAAACCCAAACAGAACGGCUCAACCAGCGACGCCAUCGCUGUGGUGGCCAACGGGAAACACCUGGAGAACGGGAAUGGCCACCACCAUACCAACGGCAAAAUCCUCCUGGGCAAAGUAAAGGAAAUCUGACUCUGUAGAGCUGCCUUGGAAACGUCAUUCGUAUCUAGCAACAUAAUGAAACGUCACUGAUUUCGCUGUGUCUUCCAAACUAGAUAAUUUCUCUAUAAAUAUACUUUUUUCUUACGCACACUUGUUUGGGAUAUGUGUUUUGGUGGUGAUCUCCACUGGCCAAAUUGUGUUUCUUCAGUCGUUGUGAAAACUGUUAACUGUGAUGAACACUUUAUGGAAAUUGGUGCUCAUUUUGUCACGUAUAGUAUUCCUCAACUCCGGCUUGACCCACAUAAGCCCAAUACACACUGUUUGUCUGGCAUGACCCUUGUUGCACCGUUUCAACUGAAGACCGGCACAUAUAAACCACUUCUACAGACUUUGUCCAAACAAAGCUUUCAUUGUAAAUGUCAAAUAUUUAGUUUUUUUUUUUUUUUUUUUUUUUUAAUUUAUCUUUUGAAAUAAAACUUUUUUUUUUUAGAUAAAGGUCUGUCAUUUUGAAAGUAGCUAUGUGCACUUUCUAAGAAACAUACACCUCAAUGUUAAAACUUGUGGCGAAAAAUGUUAUACUGUAUAUUACAGUAUUGAUUUUUUUGGUUUGCUAAAUUAGGUAGUGAUACUGUUAUGAGUUCUGCAACACGAUGGUCAAAUCCCAGCUCACUGGGCGUGAAUAGCAAGUCCUUUUUUGAAUUCAAAUUGAAUGAGAAGUGUACUGUUUCUGAAUAUCACUGCGGUUCAUUACAAAUGUGCACCGAUGACUGUUGAAGGACUGCUUUUAAAACUUGUAUUUGCCACAAUGAAAUAGGAGUGGAUGUGUAACCAGGAGCUGUUUUAUACAUUGCAAUUAACUCAUUUUUAGAUUAUUUGGUUUCUGACUUGUGCAGAAAUAAAAUCUAAAUGUUUCACCAAAGUGAAGUCAUUGAUCGGUUAAAUGUUUGACACAAAUGUAUUGAAAGUUAAUGUUUUUAGCCUAGCCACAACUUAAGUUGGAGGAAAAGCAGCACAUAAAUUGUAUUUAUAUGGCUUGAAGCUAUGUAAACACACUGAAAUAAGUACCAUAAACCGAGACCGUAUAUUCGCCCUUUACCUAAAAAAAUGGUCACGGAGAAACUCUGGCAAACUAUCAGUGAGGAUAAGUAAUGUAGCAUGAUUUGCUUUAUGAAACAAUGAUUGUGGUU